GGUUUCGCAUCCGAGAGGUUUCAUCGCAUGCCUGCCUAGCCAAGUAUGAUGGUACGAGGCUAGCAUUGCCGCUCAUAUGUCUGUGGGUUUGUCAUUUGACCGACAAGAGCUAGCUGCCAUGCUGGAGGCGGUGCAGGAACACUGGCUGGGCAGCUUUCUCCUCAACGUCCUCGGUUACGCCCUCAUCCUCGUCCCUGCGGCUCUCCUCAUCCGUCACUGGAAGAAAUCCCCUCUCGUCCAGAGAGGCGAGGGGCCAGUCUACUCUGCCAUCCACCAGCUGGUGUUUGGAGACGAUGUCAAUGAGGAUGCUCUGGCCACAGCCGAGGAAGGGAAGGCUUCGUCCUCGGUGACCAAGGCCAAGGAGACAGCCUCAGAGGCGACAACAGGCUCUGGGCACUGGGUGAAACUGCUGGUGUGUGUGGUGGGGCUCCAAGCCUCUUACCUCACCUGGGGAGUCCUUCAGGAGAGGGUCAUGACAGUGGAGUAUGACGGCGAGCGAUUCACAGACUCUCAGUUCCUCGUCUUUGUCAACAGAAUCCUGGCCCUGUGCGUGGCGGGGAUCUACCUGAGACUGACGAAGCAGCCGAGGGACAGAGCUCCCUUCUACCAGUACUCUUACUCAUCCAUCUCCAACACCCUCAGCAGCUGGUGCCAGUACGAGGCACUCAAAUUUGUCAGCUUCCCCACGCAGGUCCUGGCGAAGGCCUCUAAAGUGAUCCCCGUCAUGAUCAUGGGGAAGAUUGUCUCCCAGAGGAGCUACCCCUGGCACGAGUACCUCACCGCGGCUCUUCUAUCAGUGGGUGUGGCUCUGUUUCUCCUAGCAGCAGACCCCUCAGCCGACAGCCACAUCUCCACUGAGACCACGUUUGCGGGCGUCGUCAUCCUCCUGGGCUACAUGGCAUUUGACAGUUUCAGCUCCAACUGGCAGUCAGAGGUGUUUUCCACGUACAAGGUCUCGUCCAUUCAGAUGAUGUUUGGCACAAACACCUUCUCUUGUCUGUUCACAGUCAGCUCUCUCCUGUUCCGCGGCGUCUUCUUCUCCUGCCUCAACUUCCUCUUCCUCCACUCUGAGUUUGCGGUGCACGCGGCCCUCCUCUCCGUCUGCUCAGCAAUCGGUCAACUCUUCAUCUUCAACACCAUCCGAAUAUUCGGUCCUGUUGUGUUCACUCUCAUCAUGGUGACCCGUCAGGCAAUGAGCAUCUUCCUGUCCUGCAUUUUCUACCACCACGUCCUCACCAGGCAGUCCUUCCUCGGCGUCCUGGUGGUCUUCCUGGCUCUGCUGCUCAGAGUCUACUUCAAGAAGACUGGCAAAAAGGGACCGAAAUAG